UAAGAAAAUGUUACUUCAAACGUGGAAAUCAGUAGAUAAUGUUGUGCAAAAAGAAAUAAUGAACCCUGGUUCUUUUUCUAAAAAACCAACUGAAUGUGCCACUUGUGAAGUUAUUAUUGAAGAUAUAGAUGUCAUCAACGCGUCUGUACAGGAUUUGAAAACAAAAUUUAAUUCGGAAAUUUUAAAUGGUAUAGAUAGAAAAACAUUAAUUAUAGGCGAAGCAAACUGUGAAAUAGAUCGGCAAAUUGAACGAGCAAUUAAAAUGAUGAUGGUUUCUGAAAAAAGUUUGGUUACAAUAAGUAUAUUUCUAAAAGAGAUUGAUGAUCAUUUAGUUAUUAAGUUUGAAAUAUCACUAAUAGAAGUUCAACCUUUUAAGCCAAUUUGGGAAUGGACACCAGAGAAUAAGUAUUUGACAGCCUUGAAAUAUAAAGAAACUGGUGUAAGUCUGUUUAAAGAAAAUAGAUUUGUAGAUGGAUUUUACAGAUUUAGUAAAGCUUGUAAAAUUCUCAUAACGUUAGAACCAAUACCAGAUUUGGAAUUAGAUACAAAGUUAGAAAGUAAAAUUAAUAACUUAAGACUUGUUUUGUAUAACAAUAUGGCUGGAUGUCAAUUAAAUUGUAAAAAUUAUGAACAUACAAUAUCUUUAUGUACUAAAGUUUUAAACAAAGAAGGGAAUAAUGUUAAAGCAUUAUAUAGAAGAGGAAUGGCACAUGGAAAUUUGAGGGAUUUGGAUAAUGCUGUUGCUGAUCUAAAAAAUGCUACUAAUUUAGAACCACAUAAUCAGAUAAUAAAAGAGCAAUUUUUAAUAUACAAUAAAAAAUGGCAAGAAGCAAACAAGAGGUUUGAAGAGAUGGUAAAAAGAAUGUUUAAAACCUAA